AGUAAACAGUUGAUUUUUCCAAUUCCCAUGGUUUGGGUUUCUUUCAUUUCAUUGUUUUGUUGUGCCAUCUUUUUCUUCUUUUAGUCAUCACUUUUAGUUGUACUUUUUCUCUUUCUUCUUUCUAUCCUAAUACAAGUUCCAUUUUGAGGCAUGUUCCAAGUUAAACAAGAUCCUUCAAUCAAGCUUUUUGGAAGUGAUAUUCAAAUUCAUAUUCCCACCACAACAGAUUCACAGUACUCUCUCUCUCAGAUUCACUCUCUUCCACAACAACAACCCUUCAUCAUCAUGAAUGGACUUGAAGAAUCAAUUAAUGCAGAUGUUGGUGUUCCUUUGAAUGAAGUUUCUAGCAAACAAGAAAAUCCUCAGGAAGAUGCUACUAAUCCUAUUCCAACCAUGAACAAAACCGGUACAUCGAAACUGGCGGGGAAAGCAGUUCACAGAACUAAUGAACACAAAACUCCCAAAGGAGAUAUCGACAAUCAAGAGAAAGUUUUCAAGAAGCCAGACAAGGUUCUUCCGUGUCCUCGGUGCAAUAGCUCGGAGACAAAGUUUUGCUAUUUCAACAAUUACAAUGUUAACCAACCAAGACAUUUUUGCAAAAAUUGUCAGAGGUAUUGGACAGCUGGUGGGACAAUUCGGAAUGUUCCUGUUGGAGCCGGUAAGCGCAGAGGUAAGCAUUCGCCUUUGCAGCACUGUCAAGUUUCUGUUACCCCCGAUGCAGUACCUGUUGUCAUACACACAGAUCUCAACCCUGCUACUGAUAAACAUAUUUCAUCUAGCAUAGUUCCUUCUGUGAACAUUCCGAGUCUUGGGGAGGAAGUUCCUCUUUGUGAAUCACUAGAAACUGUUUUAAAUCUGAAAAGCCAUAGAAAAAUUGAAAUGGAUUCUUCUACUGUCAAAGAGGAUAUUGACGAGGACCCUUCUGUGAUAGCCGCCGAAUUCGGGGAGAAAGAGUAUUCAGAAAAUGGAAUAGAGCAUGUUGGUUUGAUACAACAAUGCAAUGGCUUACUUCCUUUACAUUCACUUCAUUAUUAUACUGCUCCAUCAUGGACUUGUCAAUGGAAUCCAUGUUGGAAUGCUAUGUCAACUUCUUCAUAUUGGGGUUGCAUGCCGAAUUGGGCUGGCCGCCAAAUUGAAGAAUAUUCAUUUAAUGGCAUUCCAUCGCCUUCAUCUUCAGCUAGCAGUGGCACUUUCUCGGGUAAUAGGUCACCAACUUUAGGAAAACAUUGUAGAGAUGGAAGUACAUUAACAGAAGAUGACACAAUGAAGAAGAAUAUUUGGGUGCCUAAAACUAUCAGAAUCAAUGAUCCAGAAGAGGCUGCUAAGAGUUCUAUAUGGUCAACUUUGACAACAAAAUCUCAACAGAACAAACCUGUUAUGAAAGGAAGUGUUUUUAAAUCAUUUGAACCUAAGUCAAAUGCCAAAUCCCGUAAUUUAGACGAUAAUCAAAUUCUAAGAGCAAACCCUGCUGCUUUCUGUCGCUCGGGAUCUUUUCAGGAAAGCAUGUAGUUUUCUUUGUUUGAUUCCGAUUUUAUGUUGGAUGUAGCCUUUGUUGUUGGAUGAGGCAUUGAGGAUCUGUGCAAGUCCGUUGUUUGUCACGGCUAAUUCGAUGUUUAAGAAGAUAGCCAUGAUAAGAACAUUGAGGGAAUUUUAAGCUUAUGUGUUCUCUGAUCAAUAAGAAUUUCAAUUUUGUGACAAUAAUUGCUUCACGGUAAAGAUAAGACUUGUGAGUUCACAAUUGAAGUUCAUUACCAUGAUUCAUGAAUAAAGAGUAAUGGAAGUUGAUGAAUCCUGACUUUGACGUAUGAUGUUUGGUACUUCCAAGCAGUGGCAAUAAAGAUGUUAACUCCUUUGAGUUGUUUCUAUGCUUUAUUUAAUCUUCAUUUGUUUUAUCAUUAGCCAUUCGAUCUUAGCUUACAAGUCCGCGUGACCGCGUGCUAUGUAGCACCAAUCAGUUUCAUUUCUUAAAUUAUUAUGUGUCUAUCUGUGUGUGUUAUGUAUUCUAUUGCAUUCUGUGGACUCUGGUUGAUGAGUUAGUCAUAGCAUAGAGAAAAAUGCUCAGGCUUAUUUAUGUAGGUGUCUUUUAUACACAGGUAAAGUCAAACAUAGAAAUUUAUUUAAGUCA